AUGAAUCCAAAGGACUCAACACGACUCUGUAGCGCUGAUCUCCAGCAGCUCCAUGAAGGCUGGCUGUGUUCCACACAGAACCAUGACGAGGCCUCAAAACUCCACAGGUGGCACACACCACACAAACCCCGGGACAACCAACAGGAUCGUUCUCCUGCACUGCAAGACAUUGAAGAAGAAGUGGAGCAGGAGAUGUUUGUCAAACCUGGGGCUUCCCAGCGAGAAGAAAUGUUGACCCUCCAAGUUAAAAAUACCAUGUUGCAACUUAAUGGUCAAAACGUCAGACUGGCGGCUAAAAAUGGCCGCAAUUCUAAAAUACCUGGCCUCCAUCUGUCAGCAACACAUGGGAAGGAGACAGUGGGUCAGCUUACGGCCUGCACGCCGACCCAAGAGGGCACAGCACAGUUGGACUUGCUGUUGCUCAAGUCACCCAGGCCUGGCUCAGAGAGGGAGGCCUUGAAUCAGCCAGUCAGACGCCCUCUGAAGCUCGCCCCGCUGGAGCUGCCGGAGGAGGUGAGGGAGGCUCAGAGGCAGAAACUUAAGUUCAUCCAACAGGAAGUCAAACCUGCUUCCUGUAAACUGGAUGUGGCGGUAAAUGAGCCUCGUGUGAGGAAGGUGAAAUCCUGUGUGAGACAGAGACUGGUGAAAGCUGCCGUGUGCCCUUCUGCUUCCACUGAUCCACUCAGAGCCCAACAGCAAAACACCUCCUCAAGGCCCCAGCUGACACGCUCCAUCCGCACAGAGCAGAGUGGAGACAAGCACCUGGUGGAUGUGGCGUGUCGAGGCACCCCUGCUCCUCAGCGCAGCAAGCCUGCCCCUCCUUUGCUUUCUCCACGAGCUAAAGCUCCGGCCGCACGUGACGCGACAGAGGUGGCACGCCAAACCCCGAGCACCCUCCAGCAAGAGGUGGGGAGGAGGCGGCUGAGGCUGAGGAGAACACAAUGCCUAGAAGAGGAUCAGUGCAAUCCAAACGCGUCAACAGGGGGAUUAUCUGCAGAUAAAGACAAGCUGGCCCAAGGUGUUCAAGGCAAAGUGCAGCAAGGGGAGAGGGCUCCGAGAAUCCGGCUGCAUGCUGCUGGAAAAGGCAUCAAAGAGCCUGCGGCAGCCUCCGGGGAGCACGGACGUGUCAGGAAAAACCAUCAAGAGGAUUCCAGUCAGCAAUCUGCAAGAUGCACUCCGAGUCGACAGUCGGCUAAAGGUGGAAGCGGCGAGCACGUGCUGGACAGUGUGAAGCCAAGUGCUUCUACCUGGAGAUUAAAGAGGAAAACAGCACAACAAUGCAGUCCAUCUGGAACGUCUCCAACUGUAAUUAAAUUGGAUCUUUCACUUUUGCAGCUCAGGACUUUGUGAAAUGAUGUCAUGCUUAGAGAUGCACCAGAAACAGGCUUAUGAAUAUAUAGGCUACUGAACCAAUGAUGUGAAGGAUGCAUGAACCAAAUGAUGUCAUCAGAAGCUCUCAGAAAUAAAAAUGUUUCCAAG